GAUUUUUCCUAAUGGCGGCCCAUCAGAUCCUGCCCUCUUGGUAGGGAAUCCUGUGAACAGGGGUUGAGCCCUGCCAGAGGUAGAGCAACGCUGAGAAUGUGGAGCAGGUGGCCUUUUGUCCUGGCCCACGAGGGCCAGGCUCAUCAGCCAGAUGUGGUGGUUCCUUGCAUACCAGACUUGAAUCUGUAGUAUUGAUGUCUCCUCUGUCGCUGCAACUGAAGUGACAAUGACAGUUCUGCUCUGGACAAAAAUCAUUUUCCUGAGACAUCCUGGUUUAUUUCAAUCAUUGAUGAGAUUCAGAAAAAACAAAACAGUAGAGUGAAAGAUGGCAUUUCCCAGGAAGGAUGCUCCCUUCCUCAGUGCUGCUGGACUUCCGCCUCCAUCCUUUCCAUUUUAAUUAACCCAGUGAACCAGCCUCUACCUUUCAAAGGAAUCCAAGGGAAACCUUGCUGCCAAGUCCCAACCCGGUCCUGUGACACUCAAGAACCUGGGCCAGGCUCUUGUGUAUGUUGAGGAAGUCUGAGAAGAAGAAAGAUUAUAGGAAAACAGUCUACCUUUCUUUACAGAGCCUCGUUCUGCAUCCUUGAAAUCUCAGAUUCAGUGAUUACAAUGAAGUCCUGUUGUAGAAAGAGCUGGCCUUUUUAUCACCACUUAAAAUCUAAUUAAUCCAUAUUGAAGCACAAAGAUUUCUGUUGUCCUUUAGGGUGAGGGGUCAUAGAGCCCUCUUUGUUCAUCCUUCGACUUAAAGUCAUCAAGCAUUAGGGAUAUUUUACCAAGCAAAUUGGAAGGUAACAUCAAAUCCUUAUCAGAAAGCCCUAACUCAUAGUUUUAACAGAGCCCUUCGUCCUUUACAUGAAACAUUAUAUUCAAGAGGAACAAAAACACACUUCAGAGUGCCCAAAGAGUUAAUGACCGAAGCUUAUAUUCCAGGCAGCAUAGAACCAAGUUGGUCACACCAGUGAUCACUACGAAGGACAGCAGACCCUAUAGAGUAGCAACAUUGGAUGAUUUGUUGCGAUGGCUUUAGUCUUCAGAACAGCAAUGCAAUCUGUUGGGCUCUCAUUAGCUCUGCUGGGAUGGGUUUUAUGCAUUUUUACAACCUAUCUGCCACAUUGGAAGAACUUGAACCUGGACCUGAAUGAGAUGGAAAACUGGACCAUGGGGCUCUGGAAAACCUGCGUCAUCCAGGAGGAAGUGGGCAAGCAGUGCAAAGACUUUGAUUCUUUCCUGGCUUUGCCAGCUGAACUGAGGAUCUCCCGGGUUCUAAUGUUCCUGUCCAAUGGGCUGGGGCUGCUGGGCCUGCUGCUCUCAGGGCUUGGCCUGGACUGCUUGAGGAUUGGAGAGAGGCAGCAGGAUUUCAAGAAGCGACUGCUCAUCCUGGGAGGAAUCCUGCUGUGGAGCUCAGGAGUCACAGCCCUGGUUCCGGUUUCCUGGGUGGCCCACAUGACGGUCCUGGAGUUCUGGGAUGACAGCAUCCCAGAGAUUGUCCCCAGGUGGGAGUUUGGGGAAGCCCUCUUCUUGGGCUGGUUUGCUGGGUUUGCUCUUGUGCUAGGAGGGAGUCUGCUCCAGUGUGCAGCCUGCUCGGCCCCAGCUGCUCCACCCUUGGCCCACUAUGCAGUGCCAGAGAUGCAAACGCAAUGUCCACAUCUGGAAAAUGGAACUGCAGAUCCUAAAGUGUAAGACCAUGAAAGGACAGGAUCAUUUCCUACAUGACUGUGGAUGACAGCAGUCUAUGUUGCUGUAACUAAAUCAUUGCUGCUACAUUCUUCUUCAUUAACUAUUUUUUCUGUAUUAUACUUUUCUUUCCCAAUCAAGAGAAUGAAAGUAAAUCUUAUAUCUAAGAGAAAUUAUGGCACCAUUACCUGGAUAUGAAUGAAAGUGUCAUUUAUCUAGUUAUUUCAAUCAAUAUGUGGUGGUGGUACUCCAACAGAGUCAAUCUUGAGUUUCAACCUAUUAAUUUUACAUUGGAAAGUUAUGUUGUUGAUAGCUGGACAUGGUGAUUAGUUUGCAGCCCAGAGGAAACAAUAAUGAUCUGAGAUCUUUGCAGGGUUUUACAUGAAUAAAAACCACAUGCUAAGCCAAUUCCAGAGUCAUGUCCACAAUGACUUUGUCUUAUUUGGUCAGGAGUCGGUUGUGUUUAGAAUCUCCUGAGCACCUGUUUAAUUUUAUUAGGUUCUUGUGAGGCUGAAGGCUUUGUCUAUCGUGGUCUUCUCUGAUUUUAAACCACAGCCAAUCUCCUUACUCACUUCUUUCUUCAAAAGCUUCAUGUUAAAAUAAAGCAAUGCCAAAGGUAUUUUUUCUGGACAUCUAGAUAUUGUCAGUUCAUUUACUGGAAUGUCCACUUUCUUUUAAUUAAAAAACCAACAAUAAGCAGAAUGGAUAAACAGAUGCUGAUUUUAACUUACAAAGUCCUAUUGCUUAACUUCUCCACAGCACAGAAAGCGUAUUUCAGCAAGGGGGACGGGGGGGACCUAUGUGUUUGUGUACACGUGAGUGAAUUUAACACAAAGGCAUGCAGAUAAACAAGAUUUGAUAUUUAGUUCAGCAUUGUUUCAUAUGCUGUGUGGUAUAUGUAGCCAGAAAGUUUUUUUUCAAAACAUCUCUGAUUUAAGGUCUAGAAAGAUUCCUGAUAAGAUUGAUUUAUUUAGUUAAGAAAUACUUCUCUUGAACCUAUUU